UCCGCCCGCCCGGCCCCGCCGCGCCCGCCGGCAGGGAGGCAGCGGCUCGGCUCGGCGCGGCCCCGCGGCGCUCGGCGCGGACCAUGUCGCCAUGUCGGAAGUGAGGAAGUUCACGAAGCGGCUCAGCAAGCCGGGCACGGCGGCCGAGCUGCGGCAGAGCGUCUCGGAGGCGGUGCGGGGCUCCCUGGUGCUGGAAAAAACAAAAGUGGUUGAACCCUUGGACUAUGAGAACGUGAUCCUUCAACGCAGAGUUCAGAUCUACAGUGAUCCCCUCCGGGACCUGCUGAUAUUUCCGAUCGAAGAUGUAUCUAUCUCAGUCAUUGGUCGACAGAGAAGGACUGUCCAGUCAACAGUGCCAGAAGAUGCUCUAAAGAAAGCUCAGAGUCUCUUUGUCAAAGAGUGCAUUAAAACCUACAGCUCUGACUGGCACGUGGUAAACUACAAGUAUGAGGAAUACUCAGGAGACUUUCGGAUGUUGCCAUGCAAAUCCUUUAGGCCAGACAAGAUUCCAAGCCAUGUGUUUGAAAUUGAUGAAGACUUUGAAAAGGAUGAGGAUUCCUCGUCCCUGUGCUCCCAGAAAGGCGGUGUGAUAAAGCAAGGCUGGCUGCACAAAGCCAAUGUAAAUAGCACAAUCACUGUCACCAUGAAGGUAUUCAAGAGGAGGUAUUUUUACUUGUCACAACUCACAGACGGCUCCUAUAUUCUGAAUUCCUACAAAGAUGAGAAAAUUUCGAAAGAAUCCAAAGGCUGUAUUUUCUUGGAUGCUUGCAACGAUGUUGUUCAGUGUCCUAAGAUGCGCCGUUACGCGUUUGAACUGAAGACCAUAGACAAGUACAGCCACUAUCUUGCAGCUGAAACUGAGCAGGAGAUGGAAGAAUGGCUGGUAACUCUAAGAAAGAUCAUUCAGAGCAAUGCUGAGAGUUUGGUGCAAGAGAAGAAAGAUACCGUGGAAUCUGUGCAAGAUGAUGAGUCAAGCACGCAGGGGAAAUCAGAGAACAUCCUGGAGAGCCUGGAGAGAAGCAUGCAUCCAGAGCUGAUGAAGUAUGGAAGAGAAACAGAUCAGCUGAACAAACUGAGCAGAAAUGAUGGAAGACAAAACCUCUUUUCUUUCGACCCAGAAGUCCAGAGGCUAGACUUCUCGGGGAUCGAGCCAGACGUGAAGCCAUUUGAGGAAAAGUGCAGCAGGCGCUUCAUGGUGUGCUGCCAGGACUUCUCCCUCAACCUCCUCGCCCAGCUCAGCGACAGGUCGGAAGGAGGACCCACCAAUGUGGAGCCCUUUUUCCUAAGUUUGGCAUUAUUUGACCUGAAAAAUAAUUGCAAGAUUUCAGCUGACUUUCAUGUGGACUUGAACCCUCCGUCUGUCCGUGACAUGCUUCUGGAUAGCUCUGCGUCUGGAGCGGAGGGAGCCAAGGGACGUUCGCCAGGCGAGAGCUUUGUGCACGGCAUCCCCGAGUCAUGCCUGCGCUACAUAAAACGGGGCGUUUUCUCUGUGACUGACCCACACGUGGAGAUCUUCCUGGUGGCCCGUGUGGAGAAGGUGCUGCAGGGCAGCAUUACACACUGUGCAGAGCCGUACAUGAAAAACUCGGACCCAGGGAAGACUGCCCAGAAGGUCCAUAAGGUGGCCAAGCAGGUGUGCAGCCGUCUGGGGCAGUACAGGAUGCCGUUCGGCUGGGCUGCCAGACCAGUUUUCAAAGACUCCCAAGGCACUCUUGAUGCUGAAGGAAAAUUCUCACCUCUGUACAAGCAAGACAGCAGCAAACUCUCUAAUGAAGAUAUGCUGAAGCUUUUAGCAGAGUAUAAGAAACCAGAGAAGACAAAACUACAGGUCAUUCCAGCCCAGCUAAAUAUCGUCAUCAAAGACAUCCCGCUGGACUUCACAAAUUGUGUCACGGCUUCUUAUAUUCCUAUAAAGCCUUUUGAGAAGAACUGCGAGGACAUUGCAGUUGAAGUGGAGGAGCUUGUCCCAGAAGUUGCAAAAUACUGUUAUCCCUUCACUGUCUACAAAAACCACCUCUACGUCUACCCCUUGCACUUGAAGUAUGAGAACCAGAAGGUGUUUGCAAAGGCAAGGAAUAUUGCUGUCUGUGUCGAGUUCAGGGAUUCAGAUGAAGCUGAUGCCAGGCCGUUAAAGUGUAUAUAUGGCAAACCUGGAGGCCCUCUCCUGACCACAAAUGCAUAUGCUGCCGUGCUGCAUCACAACCAGAGUCCAGAGUUCUAUGACGAGAUUAAAAUUGAGCUUCCAAUUCACCUCCAUCAAAAGCAUCAUUUGCUUUUCACCUUCUAUCAUGUCAGCUGUGAAAUUAAUACAAAGGCAACAUCGAAAAAACAGGACACCGUUGAAACUCAAGUGGGAUACGCUUGGGUCCCGUUGCUGAAGGAUGGGCGGAUUGUCACCCUGGAGCGGCAUUUGCCGGUUUCAUCCAACCUUCCACCUGGCUACCUGGGUCUUGGGGACACGGAGUCACGAAAGCAGCCCAGCGUGGAUGCGAAGUGGGUGGAUGGAGCAAAGCCACUCUUUAAAAUCAGAAUCCAUUUGGACUCAACCAUUUACACCCAGGACAUGCACUUGCACAAAUUCUUCCAGUACUGCCAGCUGGUUCAGGCGGGAGCUAAGGAAGUCCCAGGAGAGCUUGUUAAAUACCUAAAGUGUUUGCACGCCAUGGAGAUCCAAGUAAUGAUUCAGUUUCUACCUGUAAUUCUUAUGCAACUAUUUAGAGUCCUUACAAAUGUGACCCAGGAGGAUGAAGUAGCUGUCAACUGCACCAUGGUUCUUCUGCACAUCGUGUCCAAGUGCCAUGAAGAAGGUUUAGACCACUACUUGCGCUCCUUCGUAAAGUAUGUCUUUCGAGCUGAGAAACCCAGUGUCACACAGGCGAAGAUGACCCAUGAAAUCUUGGUCCUUUCCAUGGCCACGAUCUUGAAGCAGUCAGCAGAUUUUCUAGCCAUCAAUAAGCUACUCAAGUACUCGUGGUUUUUCUUUGAAGCACUGGCAAAGUCAAUGGCAAUGUACUUACUGGAAGAAAACAAAAUCAAGCUGCCCAGAGGCCAGCGGUUCCCCGAGUCCUACCAGCACGCCCUCCACUCCUUGCUGCUCGCCAUCAUUCCUCAUGUGACCAUUCGCUAUAACGAAAUCCCCGAAGAGUCCAGGAAUGUCAACUUUAGCUUGGCUAACUUCCUAAAGCGUUGUUUGACCUUUAUGGACAGAGGAUUUGUUUUUAACUUGAUAAAUGAUUACAUUUCUGGAUUCAGCCCAAAAGACCCUAAGCUGCUGGUUGAAUACAAAUUUGAAUUUCUUCAAACCAUUUGCAAUCACGAGCACUAUAUUCCUCUGAACUUACCAAUGACCUUUUCCAAACCCAAGCUGCAAAGAGUUCAAGAUUUUUUUUCAUUUGCUGUGGAACGGUUCACUUCAGUAGAUGUAAAUCUUGAAUACAGUUUAACUGACGAGUAUUGCAGGCAUCAUUUCCUGGUGGGGAUGCUUCUCAGAGAAGCCUCUGUUGCCUUGCAGGACAACUACGAUAUCAGAUACACAGCCAUCUCAGUCUUAAAAAAUCUGUUGAUAAAGCAUGCCUUCGACAACAGAUACCAGCACAAGAACCAGCAAGCAAAAAUAGCCCAGCUCUACCUGCCGCUGUUUGGGCUGCUCCUGGAGAACCUCCAGCGAGUAGCCAGCCGUGAGGCGCUCUACUCCUGUGCAGCUGCCUCCAGCCCUGCAUCCAGGGAUGAAUUCAUGUACAGUUUUGCAUCCCCCUCAAACAGAUCCAGCCUGAUUGCAGACAAAGAUCCAGCCUGCGGAGCAGCACUUCCAAAUGGCCAUGCAAUGAAGCGAGAGGACUCAAAGGGAUCCCUGAACUCGGAGGGAGCAACCAGUUCCCCAGAUCAGAGUGCACAUAUCCGCAGAAGCUCCACGAGGAGCAGCGUGUCACACUGCAGUCGGCUGGACCAGUUUGAGAUCCGGACGCUCCUGAUGUGCUACCUCUACAUUGUGAAGAUGAUCUCUGAAGAUACUCUUUUAGCUUACUGGAACAAAUUCUCCCCCCAAGAGCUGAUCAACGUCCUUGUGCUUCUGGAGGUGUGUUUAUUUCACUUCAGAUACGUGGGGAAGAGAAAUAUUGCCAGGGUGCACGACGCCUGGUUAUCCAAGCACACAGGAGCCGAUAGGAAAUCCCAGACGAUGCCAGCGCUCCGCAGCAGAGUUGGGGGGAUGCAGGUGCGACUCCAGCAUCUGGGCAGCUUGGAGACCUCCUUCACACUCAACCACAAUGCAGGAACCUCAGAAGCAGAUAUUGUGCACCAAGCAUUACUGGAGGGCAAUAUUGCCACCGAAGUGUGCUUGACAGUCCUGGACACCAUCUCUUUUUUCACUCAGAGUUUCAAGACCCAGCUUUUAAGCAAUGACGGCCACAAUCCACUCAUGAAGAAGGUUUUUGAUAUUCACCUGGCUUUUCUCAAAAACGGGCAGUCAGAAGCAGCUCUUAAGCAUGUGUUCGCCUCUCUGAGAGCUUUCAUUAGCAAGUUUCCCUCAGCAUUUUUCAAGGGAAGGGUGAACAUGUGUGCUGCCCUCUGCUACGAGAUCCUGAAGUGUUGCACUUCCAAGGUUUCCUCCACGAGGAAUGAAGCUUCUGCUCUUCUGUACCUCCUGAUGAGAAAUAAUUUUGAGUUCACCAAAAGGAGAACAUUUCUGAGAACGCAUCUUCAGAUAAUUAUUGCAGUGAGCCAAUUAAUAGCAGAUGUGGCACUCAGCGGUGGGACAAGAUUUCAAGACUCCUUGCUCAUCAUUAACAACUUUGCAAACAGUGACAGGCCUAUGAAGGCAACUGCUUUUCCUUCUGAAGUCAAAGAUUUGACAAAGAGAAUCCGUACGGUGCUUAUGGCUACAGCUCAAAUGAAGGAACAUGAAAAGGAUCCAGAAAUGUUGAUAGAUCUACAGUACAGUUUAGCCAAAUCUUAUGCAAGUACCCCAGAGCUCCGGAAAACUUGGCUGGACAGUAUGGCAAAAAUACAUGUAAAAAAUGGAGACUUUUCAGAGGCAGCCAUGUGUUAUGUUCAUGUAGCAGCUCUCGUUGCAGAGUUUCUCCACCGGAAAAAACUUUUCCCCAGUGGAUGCACUGCCUUCAGGAAAAUUACUCCCAACAUUGAUGAAGAAGGUGCAAUGAAAGAAGAUGGUGGGAUGAUGGAUGUACAUUACAGUGAGGAGGUCCUGGUGGAGCUCCUGGAGCAAUGUGUAGAUGGCCUGUGGAAAGCAGAGCGUUAUGAAACAAUUUCUGAAGUUUCCAAACUGAUAAUUCCUAUUUAUGAGAAGCGGCGUGAAUUUGAGAAACUUACUCAGCUGUACAGAACACUUCAUGGAGCAUAUGCUAAGAUAUUGGAAGUAAUGCACACAAGGAAGAGGCUUCUUGGAACCUUUUUCAGAGUGGCAUUUUAUGGACAAACGUUCUUUGAAGAAGAAGAUGGGAAGGAAUACAUCUAUAAGGAACCCAAGCUGACAGGCCUCUCGGAGAUUUCCUUCAGACUUCUGAAACUUUAUGGAGAAAAAUUUGGGUCAGAGACUGUAAAGAUUAUCCAGGAUUCUAACAAGGUCAACAUUAAAGACCUUGAUCCUAAGUAUGCUCAUAUUCAAGUGACUUACGUGAAGCCCUAUUUUGAAGACAAAGAAAUCUCCGAAAGAAAGACUGAAUUUGAAAGAAAUCAUAAUAUCAAUAGAUUUGUAUUUGAAACUCCUUAUACUUUAUCUGGAAAAAAGCAUGGAAGCGUGGAAGAACAAUGUAAAAAAAGGACCAUUCUAACUACUUUGAACUCCUUUCCGUACGUAAAGAAGAGAAUUCCAGUCAAUUAUGAACAUCAGGUUAAUUUAAAACCAAUUGACGUUGCUACCGAUGAAAUAAAAGACAAGACAGCAGAGCUGCAGAAACUCUGCUCUGCUGGUGAUGUUGACAUGAUCCAGCUGCAGCUCAAAUUGCAAGGCUGUGUUUCCGUGCAGGUUAAUGCUGGUCCCUUGGCCUAUGCCAGAGCUUUCCUAAGUGACAGCCAGUCCAGCAAAUAUCCUACUAAGAAGGUGAAUGAGUUAAAAGAAAUGUUCAGGAAGUUCAUACAAGCCUGUGGAAUUGCUCUGGAGCUCAACGAGCGACUCAUUAAGGAGGAUCAAGUGGAGUACCAUGAGGGGCUAAAAUCAAACUUUCGGGAUAUGGUGAAAGAGCUUUCUGACAUCAUCCAUGAACAGGCACGUACUGCAUAUCUACCACGAAGAUACAAUGCACUCACCAUGGAUGCAUGACUCCCUACACGUCUUCUGUGCGAUCAGCGGAACAUCUGGUGAUGAAAGUUACUGUUCACUCAGACCCACUGCUGAAAUAUAAACAUAUCAGUCGUAUUUUACAGACCUUUCUCAGGAAUACUUGGAACUGUACAAAGGAUGUUUUAAAAAAUCCAUUAUGAGCAAAGAUUCAAUUUUUUUUUUCCCCCCAAAAAAAGUUGCCAUGCUUUCAAACAGGGUGCUUGCUUAUUUUGCAGAGCAACAUUGAAAGUGCCUGGACGUUGCACCACUGUGCUUGUUUUCUACAAUUUUUUUUAAGCUAAAUGUAUAACAGGACGUGGGGAGGCAGUUAUCUAAAUAUGUAUUGAAUUGCUGAACUAUGAAUUGAAAGGAUAACAGUACUAUGUAAAGUUGUACAAUGCAAUAUAAUAAAAUGUAAAACUACUUUGUAAAUAGAAGGAGCAUAGAGUAUAUAGAAGUUAGCAUUAUGUCGUAUUUGCUGCUAAAAGCUUUGUUGGAGAGGGAACAUGAAAGAGAGAUUUCAGUCAUUAGUAAGAGACCUUCCUCUUCUAAAAAGGGACUUGGGAUGCAGAUGCCCCUGUUGCUCUCAGACCAUGGAAGUAAGCUUGCCCUAGUCUGGAAUAACUACAGCCGAAGUCAGAAAUGGGGAUUUUCGUACAUCCUCUGAGCAGAUGAUUCUCAAGUAACCUCCUUGAGAGCUGAGCCAACUGAGGCUGAUCUCAGUUUUUGCUAACCUUUCACAGCUGCGGGAGGAUAAAUUGUACCCACUGAGGACCACCGGACAGAUUUGUUAUUCGAUGUGAGUUUUUCCAUUUACCGCUCCUGGUCUCACACAAAUGCAGACUCUGAGGACAUCUUAAAUUGAGCUGGCAAUUACAAAGUGCUUUAACACCUUUCAGAAAAAUUUUGAUGAUCUGUGAGAUGGGCUUUAAAAAAAACAAUGCAGCACAUCAAAAUAACUCAUACAAAAUUGAGGGGAGGGUUUAACAUCGUAUGACAUGCACGUUCCCUCCAGUUAAACAGAUCUGUUUUCUGAAAGCCCGUCAUUUUUGUUUGACAAGGGGUUGGAGAAAAUGUCUUUUCCAGAAUUCUUUUACUCCUUCUUCCCCUCCCCAAAGCUUUAGUACAUUGCUUCUUAUUCAUACAACACUUUUAGAUGCAGGAAGAAGAAAACAGAUCAGUAAUUCUUUUGUCCAGCAACAUUUUUAACAUCCAUGUUUUUCAGAAUCCCAUCAAUUGUAAAUACGGUUCCAGUAGUUCAUAUGGGAAGGGUGGGGGUUUUUAAGGCUAUGUAGCAAAGUGCCAUAAUAAGCGGACUCCAGCUGAGUAUUUAGCUUGGCUAUAGUGUCUAUAAAAUGUUGACGUUCUUAUUUCUGUAACAAAAAUUAUCUUCAAAUAGUAACUGGACCACAUUUCAAAAUGUUUAUUAUGCAUGAUUCUAAAAAUACCUAAAAUUAAUUGUCUCCUGAGAAAAUACUUUUGUGAUCCAUAAAGUCACCCGUUAGCUGCUGCAGGCAAAAUACAGAUGUGCCUAUGUUACAAACAGACCACAUUUCUGCUUGUAUGUGCUUUUAUGCCAGGCAGGCUCUAAAUUUAGCUUAACAGAAAGAGGAAGAGAGACUGGUAUAUUUAAAUAUGGUUACUACCUUAUCGAUUUUUCAUCUUUCAACGAAUAGUAUUUAAAGGCAGAUAGUGAGAGUUUUCCAAAUUACUUUGUUAAAAGGUGAUGAAGCUGUUGAAUAGUGGAUACAUUACAAGAUUUUUUUAGAGCUAGUUGAACUCUAAACAUCAAUACUAAAGGCAUAUAUUGAAUACCGGCAGCAAUGAUGAGAUCUGGGCAUCGAAAAGCUCUUGCACUAUAGCUGUUUUAAAUCCUGCAGCUAACCUAAUAGUUUUCCUGGAAUUGCAGUGAAAUUCUUAUUCGUGUUUUUUGAUGUCUUUAAUGUUCUGAAAUAAUGUUGUUAGUUGAAUUUUCAGUUCCUGUUCCUUUUUUUUUACUGGAAUUCCAGUGCAAUUCUUACAUCUUCAGAUUACUUUAAUGGUCCAAGAUGAAUUUUUGUCUGAACUUUUCAGUUUAUUGGUGGUAUUGGAGUUGUCCUGUCUUUUUACUUCAAUAUACUGGAAAGCCAUCUCGGUAAUUAAGCCAAAAAAUAUUUAAUGUAAGUCCCAUUAGAAUAUAUACAGUCAGUACAGUUCAGAAUACAUGCUUAUAUGCAGUUUUGAUGAACAGCAAAAAUGAUCAUGCCCUAAGUAUUUUCCUUCUGUCCUGCAGGUAAAUAAUUUGACUGGAUGGAAAAUUUUUCCUUUUUAGGUGGGUUAUAAAAUGACUGGUAACAAAUCAGGUUAGUUUUUCUUUACUUUUUCACCAAUCUAGAAAUGAUAGGGAGCAGUCAUUAGGUAUUUCGCAGCUGAAUCUGGAUGACGAUGCCAAGAAGGUGUACACGUUUUCUCUACCUAUCCUUUUCCUAUGUAAUUUUAAACAUAAUUUUCCUACAUAAGUUUAAAGAAAUUCUCCAGAUUUUUUCUCAUGUCUGACUGAAAUAGCUUAAUUCACAGAUAUAUCUGGGGAUUAUACUAUAUACGUGCCUCUUUUAUGUAGCCAGUACUCACAUUGGGUACUUCCUAUUUGCUGCCUUUUUUUGAAGAAUAUAAACGUUUAUUGUUCGUUACACUUUGGGUUUUCUUAUACUGCCUAAGGAAUGGCAGGAGGUUUUGGUCUAUAAAAAUCAAUAACAUAUUUCAAAUUGCAGCAUGGCAUGCACCCUUUUAUAUAUCAACAUAGCUACACAUACAUAUUUUCUAUGUACACCUCUAGUUACUUUUGCUGCAAAACUGCUGUAUAACAAAUCAAGUCUUCAGAAGGGAUGCACUGGUGAUUUUGCAUUAAAGGAUUAAAAAUAGGAUAAAGUAUCUGUCCAUGAGGAUUAAAAGCACUUGGCUACUUAACAGAGGACUGUUUUGAAUAAUGGUAUGUGUUGGAGCCAGGUUGUUCGCAAAUAGGACAUAUAAAGCAACACAGGGUCUGCCAGCACUUUAUGUACAAGAACAUGCUUCUAGUGACUUAUACACUUAGAUGGAGUAAGCAAAGUAUAAACACUGACUCUGUUUGACUCACUGCUUUUCUCUCUGCAGAGGGAUUAGAAAGUAGUAUUUUAAGACCAGUAACUUCAGCAGUACAUUUCUUUCCCCCAAAAAAUCUGGAAUACAGAAUUUAGUGCAGCCAAGGACAUAUUUCUACAUGCUUCUCAAUGUCCUAAAUUUUUUCUGGUAACAGAAAUUUUUGUGAGAUAAGCCAACAAAUGGAAGAUCGUGGAUGUGAGAAUACCUGUAAUGUGUUUAUUUUGUUCCAGAAACCUUUUGAACAUAUGCCGUAUGGUAUUUUGAUAUAGAAUAAGAGUUUAUGUAAACAUAACACCUUUUGUGUCAAAGUAGAUAAAGUAUGUUUGUUUCCCCUUCCCCUGUUUCCCUUGUAUCUAUACAAGAUAGAGUCCCGUGGACUUCACAGCAGGCUUCAGAAUAACCCUACAAUUUGACGUAACACAGCCGGAAAGAACUGGAGGAACAUCUAAGUGGAAGUCACGGGCUCAAAAGUCUCAUACAAGUUAAACCACAUCUUGCUGAAUUUACCUAUUUGAGGAGAGCAGCAUGUGUUCAUUCCAUGUUCACUGAGCUAAUUAGUUCUUCUAAUUAAACGAGUUCUUACUGGAUCGAGGAAUAUUCUGUACAGCUAACUAUUACGCAACCACCAACUGUAGUACUUUAAGUAAUAUGCUUGUGUCAAGCAAUGGUGAACCAGUUAUGAUAUACACAUAAUAUUUCAGCUGUUCUGGAUGUAAUUGACUCUCUUUUCAUGUAAAUUUAACACCUGCUACUAUGUGUUCAUAACAGAAGUGCUUUUAUCAUGCAUGUUGUAUAUAUGUGUGUUGUACAAGCCCUGUUUAACCUAAGUGUGACAACAGAACGGUACAUCGUGUUCGUCUCAGUUGUGAAUUGAUGUACCGGUGACACCAAUAUGCAACACUGGUCCAGAGCUUUCUGAGACCAUCAAUCCUC